AUGGAGCUGGUGUCCUCCUCCCGCUCCACCCUAUCCUCUUGCAGCCGACUGGUUGCUCCCUCCAGGUCCAGUUCCACGACGGCAUCCGCAGCUGCUAGGCGCCACGGGAAGAGGCUAUUAUGUGUCUUGGGUGGAGACAGGAAUGAUGAGCUCAAGAUCGGGAGGCGGGCGGUUCUUGCUCUGCUCCUGGCUACGCCCACACUCUCACUGCCUUUCUCCGCCCACGCCAAGACCAAGACCAUAAAUCCUUAUGAUGAAAGACGCUUGCUUCAGCAGAACAAGAAAAUCCAGGAAGCCAACCGUGCACCUGAUGAUUUCCCAAACUUCAUCAGAGAAGGUUUUCAGGUCAAAGUAGUGACACCCGACAACUACAUAACUCGGGACUCCGGAUUAAUAUAUGAGGACGUCAAAGUUGGUACAGGCGAUUGCCCAAAGGAUGGUCAGCAGGUUAUAUUUCACUAUGUGGGCUACAACGAAUCAGGACGAAGGAUAGAUAGCACCUACAUCCAGGGUUCGCCUGCCAAAAUUCGACUAGGCAACAAAUCAUUAGUUCCAGGUUUUGAAGAGGGGAUUCGGGACAUGAAGCCAGGGGGGAAGAGAAGACUAAUUAUACCUCCUGAGCUUGGUCCUCCUGUUGGGCCAUCGACGUUCUUUAGCGCGAAACAGUUUGAAGUAUUCGACGUCGAGCUACUCUCAGUGCAGGACUGCCAGCGGAGGACAAUAGCUUUCUACUCUGAUGUUGUCUGCACUUGA